AUGUAUCAUAGCACAGUGUCUGAACCAACUCAUCCAGUGACUCUACAAUGGAUGAUGGAUGGUACUAGUCAGACAUUGCCAAGACAAGAUAAAUCUCAGCUAAAUUUUACAACAUUAUCAGGCUUGGGUCAAGCAAAGACAUCUAAUAGCGAAGGGGCAUCUCACACAUCUGAGGGAAAAAGGAAGACAAACCAUAACACUAUCAGUAUUCAGUCCACAGCAUUACGGAGUUUGGGCGGCAUGUCACAUACACUGAUACACUUGUCUCUGGAAAGAACCCCACCGCUCAAUCUCGAAACCUGUUUCCCGUUGAGCCGGCUGUUCGCUGCCUCCAUUCACCCAUUUCCGCCGGUUAACUAUCGCCGGAAUCCAGCUCGUUUGCUAAAGUCGUUGUCUUUUCGCGCCAAUACUGCUAAUCGUCAAGGAACUAGAAUUCCCGCGGUUUUGGAGACUGAGUUCGCGGUUACGGAGGAGCAGUCUGAGCCGCCUGUAAGAAUAGUGGCCCUUGUCGGCGAAGGAAGCCUCAGCCCGCUAAAGAACGCUACUUGGGAGGAGGUCAUGCUCCACACUGCAAAAAGGUUGAAAUGGGUUGAUGAAGGGUAUCAAAUGUUUGUAUUCACUGACAAUCUAUGUCAAUCUAAUGACCAAACUAAGUAUCUGCAAAGGGAAUUGAGCCAUGCAGAUAUAUUGCUGAUUGUUGCGGUUUCAAAUCAAGAAUCAGUCAAGUGGAUCCAACCCAAUAGCAGAAGGGUUCCUAAUAUAAUCUGUUUCGACUCAUCUCCAGAUCUGGAAAACAAACUUGGAGGAUCACAUGUUCAGAAUGAAACCAAUGGUACCUUACUUAGAAAAAUAAUUGGAUUUGCCCUGCCUAAUAAAAUCAAUGAAUCAAGGGAAGUGGUGAAAACUGUAUCUGAAGCAUGGGAACGGCACAAUACAGAUGAUAUAAGGUUUUGUUUGUUGGUCAUAAUCAAUGCAUAUAUCAGACCAGUACCAGUCCUGAAGAACCUGAGAUCAAAGGGUUUUUCCACCCUUAAUUGCAUGGUUAAGAACUGUGGGCCUCAAAUGCUAAACUGCCUAUUGGAUCCUAACUGCAGGAAAGCACUACAAUGCUUGAACAAUUGCAGCCCGGUUGAUCAGAAGAACAAUUGUCUUGAAUUGGACGCAAGGAUCCCUGAGAAGCCUUAUGUUCCUCCCAUGGUUAAGUUCCGAGGGGAAGACAUGUGCCAUGAAACUGCUGAGGAUCUUUUUGUGGGUUGGUUGGGCAGUCUGGAUUGGAGUUGGCGUGUUGUGGCAGGACAGAACCCAGCAUAUGAUCAAUUUCCAUGCCAGUUCCAGUUGUUCUACAGGGGAAAGGCGAAAGGAUCAUUCUGGUACGAGCCAGUUUUCCAGGUUCAGACGCUAGAGGGAAAAAUGGUUUGGAGGAGAAGAAAGUAUCGUGUGAAGAGAGGCAAAGUGCCAGGAACAUUUUAUUUUAGUGUAUUGGAUAAUGGUGUUGUUUCGAAUGAGUUUUGGACAAUUGUGGACGUGUCUGAUGAUUUUAGCUGGGGUUUGUUUCACUAUAGUGGUGCUGCUCGAGUUGCAGGACAGUCAUAUACAGGAGCUGUGCUUGUUAGUCCAGAUGGAGCAUACCCAAAUGAAAAGGAGAGAAACAGAGUGGUUGCUGCCUUGGACAAGUGUGGAAUCAAAGAAUGGGAACUGUAUACAGUUGAUAAUUGUUCAUGCCAAGGGCCUCCACUAGGAAUUCCAGAGGGCUCAUGUUUGCAUUCUACAAUUGUUGUCGAAGAUGAGAAAAGGAAAUCGGCUAUUUCAUAAUGUUUCAGAGGAAUUAGAUGGAUUCAUGAAUUUGCAUGAAAAGAUAGAUUAGGAGCAAAUUUGUCCACAUAGAGGUGAGUAUACAUUAUCAGAACUGUGAUUAGUCUCUGAGAACGUGUAAAAUCCAUUCUGCGUUUGAUAGCUGUGCACAAGAAAAGCUUAACCUUAAUUAUUAUCUUUUGUUGAAAUUAAGAAACGGAAAAAUAAAAAAAAUGUGAAAUUUAUUCUGCAGUUAA